AGGUGGCGCUGAACUAUAAUAACAAAUUUAUUUAAUCUAUGCUCUCAAAUAUACAAUAAAAUACUCUUAGGUUAUCUAUAAUUAUCAAGGCCAAAAUUUCUGUCAGUCAUGUAAUAAAACCAUCUUCAAUUUCGAUUAAAAUCCAUUAGAUAUUUCGCAUCGCCACUUGGAAGUCGCCCCAUAUAUUUAAGCAAAUAUAUCUCAUUUUUUCUCUUCGUUCUCAAAACUUAACCAUAAUGAGUGACGACUGCCAAAGACGAGGCUGGUGGACCAAGUAUUCUGAAACCAAAUUAAUAGAAGUGGAAAACAGCAUAUUAUCAGUUAUUAAAUCAAAAUUCAGAACUUGGUUUGUAUCCAUUGGGUCCACUGUGGGAAAAGACGAUAAAAUAUGGACUAUAGCGCUCAACGAGGAAUCAGAUAACACACCGAUUGUGAUGCUGCAUGGGUUUGCCGCUGGAAUAGGGUUUUGGUGCAAGAAUUUUGAUGAAAUUGCUAGGGACAGAUCAGUAUAUGCUAUUGACUUGUUAGGAUUUGGAAGAUCGUCUCGGCCAGUGUUCAGUAAGAAUCAUGAAACUUGUGAACAACAGUGGGUGUCUACAAUAGAGGAAUGGAGAAAGAAAGUUAAUUUAGAAAAGUUCAUUUUAUUGGGUCAUAGUUUUGGUGGCUACUUGGCUACAAGUUAUGCCAUCAGUUAUCCAGAAAGAGUAAGACACUUGAUCUUGGCGGAUCCUUGGGGAUUUGGUGAAAGACCAGAAAAUUACAAGUCACCGUCUGUACCUUUAUAUUAUAAACUUUUGUUCUAUCUUUUUUAUCCACUUGUCUAUUUCAAUCCACUGGCGUCUGUUAGAGCUGCGGGUCCAUUAGGGCCGGCGCUUGUUCACAGAAUGCGACGUGACAUCGCCAGGAGGUAUGAGGAUCAAUUCGAAAAUAGCCAUGUAAUAACUGAAUAUAUUUAUCAGUGCAACUCGCAAUAUCCAAGCGGAGAAACUGCUUUUCAUUCGUUUCUCAAAGAUGUAGGCUGGGCGAAAAAUCCUAUGAUUCAUCGAUUUGACUUAUUGCAUGAAGAUGUUCCGAUCACAAUAAUGUAUGGGGAAGAUUCGUGGAUUGACCCACAGCCAGGUUUAAUACUACAUGAGACAAGGGGGCAUAAGUCGUACAUCAAUAUUGACAUUAUUGCAAGUGCUGGACAUCAUAUAUAUUCAGAUCAACCAGAUAUGUUUAACAAAUUUGUUCAAGAUGCUUGCACGCUUGUAGAUAAUUCUCUUGACAAGAAGGGCAUGAUCAAAACAGAGGAGCUGCUAAAUAAGCACAAACGACUUCAAGCGUGCGUCAAAGAUGAAUCUGCAUGUAAGGAAGUGCGCGAAGAAGAGGUUGACGAAAGUGCAAUAGUAAAUAAAGUAGAGCAUGAAGUGACAUUUCAUUGACAGGUAUAUAAAAUAGAGGUUAGAGAAAUUUCGCCAA